AUGUCUUCUACUUCAACUGCAAAGAAAUCUAGCAAGAGGGAUGAGUAUACGUCGCAUGCUUGCACGGAAUGCCAGCGACGCAAGGUCAAAUGUUCUGGACAGUCACCAUGCCACAACUGUCUCGGCAGAGGUGCUGAAUGUAGCUAUCAGGAUGCAUCAAAUGGAUCUACAAAGAGGAAGCGAAAAAGAACAUCGUCAAGCACAAAUAAAAGACGCGCUGUUCCCUCCUCAAGUCUCUCCAUCUCUGCGUCAGAAGAGACCGCACUGCUCAAGGAGCAGCUUCAACGAUUGCAACAAGGACUGGAUACCUUGAUGAAGCAGCAAUCACUCAGCUUCGACUUUCUCAGUUCGCACAACACACCGCCACUCCCGAGCCAGACCAACAUUUCCGCACCCUCGCCAGAUGAUCCUCUCAUAUUGAACCAAUCCAUAGAAGUAUUUGAACCACAGAGUACAUCACACGAUCUUGAACAAGAAUCGCCAAGCUCCUGUCAAGAUGGCCGUCAGCCCGUCGAGCUCACCUGUGCUGAGACCGACACUUUCGUCCCCGGGAACAAAUGGCUAAACCGAUUCGCCGUUGCUUCGCAAAUCUACGAUCUACGCUCCAGUGUCGGUGCAGAUCCAUUUCCCUCCAACACAACCCCGUCAAAGAGCCGUACUGUUCUGCUUCCUUGCCCUAAGGACCUAACACGGGCAAUAAAGAUAGGCCUAGCUGGUAUAGACUGCUUCUUCCCUUCCAUCCACGGGACGAGGCUCGUAGAAGCGAUUUCACGGACCCUGGAGGCACUGCGCUACUCUUCUACGACUCAGUCUGUUGUCGUCACUGAGCCGCAUCACUUGGUCAUAUCGAUUGUUCUCGUCAUCGUCGCAGCUGGGCAGAACCUGGACGAUAGUGCCUGUCCCGAUUUGUAUCUUGACAAAGCGUGGCCUGGCUCAGAAGCGUAUUGGCAGAGUCGGAAGCUCGUGCAGCACUUUGAAGAAGGCGGUGAGCUGCAGACAAACUGUGUCAUCUAUCACACUGUCUCCGCGGCGUAUCUCUUAGCAGCAGAGAGAUUACGUCUUGCCUCAACCCACGUCCUCAACGGGCUUCAUUCCGCUGUCAGUUUAGGCUUAGGCCAAAGCCACGGCUUUCCUACGUCCUCAGAAGACUUUGUAGAUCCCCUGGCAUUGUGGGUUACUCUAGACUUCCUCGACAAGCGCAUCACUCAGAAAUGCGGGAUCCCAUACUUUGUUGGGAACAGUCUUGGGCAUGUGGAUUUUGAACAUGAAACUAGCCCUCACAUCGACGUGAAGGACAAGACGUAUCUGAAAACCAUGUUCAGCCAUGCUAGACUCUGGGCAUCGGUAUGGGAUGGGUUUCUAGCUCCCAACGCACCGAUGGCGGGUGAUUGGGUAGAAAUCCAAGCAUUCGAUGCCAAGCUGUUGGCUCUCAGGGAGCAAUACCCCGACAUGUUAUCAUGGAACGCAGAGUCAGUGGACGACACCAUUUUCAAAUCUCCCACCGAACCUGAGGAUCGACGACGUCUUCUUGUUUUUCUGAGAUAUCAAUCUCUCAGACUGAGCAUCCGCCAAAAGACGCUGAGUUCCCCGGAGACAAAUGCUCGAAGAGCAGCAUCUUGCUUGAGAAUUUCUAUCGAGUCCUUGGAUGCAAUCGGCCAUUACCUGGACAACUGGGGCGCAAACCCGAAUGCUGGCUAUAUACUCACUUCUUCACUGGUCGAGUCCAUAUACUACCUAACCGUCGGACACCGUGAAGGUGUUUCCACGCUUGACGCUGAGGCACUUCCGCUCGCGCUCCGUCGAGCUGGCAGCAUGCUGGAAUCUCUGUCUGCCACGAUCAUGUCGGCAGCCAGAGCGUUCAAAGCUUUGCAAUGCGUGCUGGACUUUAAUUUCCACGAGUCACGGCCAGACUACGACCUCCUAUUCCCGCUCGAGUGUUUUCCGGAGUCCAACAUGGAUUUUGGAAUGCCGGUUGAUCAAGUCGAGUGUCUCUCAAGUACAGAAACAUUUGAUUUUUCCAAGAGCUUCGACACGUUAAAUCCAAACCCGUUGACAGAAUCUAGCCUUGAGGCCAGCUCAGUAUUAGCUGAGAUGUUCAGUGAGAUAGAGGCUAGUUAG